AGUGUUGUGUGGAACGUCACCGAUGGUGUGGUGGAAGAAUCUUUUUUAAUGUACCAUUGGUAGGGUGGCCGCUCACCUGACCGAGACGGUCUUGGUACAAAUGCAUGCUUCCUGGUCAUCCGCUUAUUAAACUGUAUCCGUUCUUCGUCCAGAACAGUACUGGGACUACACACGACUCAUCUUUUAACAUGAAAUCUUUAAUACUUCUUUGUUGUUUCUUCACGGUUGUUAUUGCUGAAAAGCAAUUGAAGCUUGAAGAUAUCGAACGCGAUAACUUGGCGAGUGAAAGAGAAAACAAAGAACAAAAAGGCACGUUAAAAUUUUCGCCAAAAUAUUCCCAACCUUAUAACCCACCUUCGUUUAGAUCAUCGCAACCGAAUAAUUUUGGAUUUACACCGAUAAAUGACAAAGCAAAAUUGCAAUUUCAAUCGACGAGAAUCCAACAAGAAAUUCAUCAAGAGAAUCAACAAGAAAAUCAACAAGAACAAAUCCAAUAUUCCCCUCCCCAAUAUUAUUAUCAACAACAACCCCAAAUUCAACCUCAACCCCAACCCCAACCACAAAUAAUUAAUCAAUACCCAUAUGAACAAACCCCUUAUAUCAUUGACAAUCAAAUUAACACCCCUCAAUAUGUUUAUCUCCAACCAUCUUCGUCGAAUAACAUUCAAAUGGUGGUUGAUUCAAAAGGACAAGUAAAAUACUUCAUGUACGUCCCUGUACCGUAUGUCAAACAAGAUUCACAAUAUAAUAAUGUUGGGCCUCAAAUUUUUACUCAAGAAGCUGAAUAUCAAGCGCAAAAUUCCAACUCGCAAUAUGAGAAUCAACCUCAAUUUUCUGAAACGCCACAACAACCUCAACUUCAACAACAAAUUAGUUAUGUGCCGGUUGAAAAAACUCAAUACACUCCGAAAGGGGAACCACAAAGUCUUUUGGAUUCCUAUGUUCCAUCGGUGCUUCAAUAUCAAUAUUAUAAACAACAAGAACAACAAGGUUUGAAUAGUUUGGUGAAGAAAUCUUCGGGAAAAUUGAAUCAAAAACGUUAUAAUUCCCCGCAACAAAUUUAUACCAUACCAAGUGAUUCCUCAGAAUUGGCUUAUCCACCACAGUUACCUACGACGUUUAAGAGUUAUACAUCAGUUAAAAGUAAUCAUAAAUAAAAAUGAGUACGAUUUAUAAUUUCUUAUAUAUUUCUAAG